AUGACACAUUUGGUAUCAGCGUUGGUCGUAAGUCAAGAACAAAAACUCGUAAGCGACUCGACCUUGCGUAGAGUUCGAAGAGGAUUACAAAUAACUUUAGCGCAACUACAAACCAUACCCAGCGAUGAGUCAUCGAACGGAUUGAUCGGAUUAAAUGGAUUUGAUCAUGUUGUCUAUAACGACGGAACCAUCUUGUUACGCGUUACUGCACCCGGUGAUAAUGGGUGUAACCGGGGAUUGAGUCUGAGGUUAAUUUAUCCGGAUGGAAAAAUUGUGAACGUUAUUAACGGCGACCUUCAGAUACCUUCCGAUAAUUUUUGCUCGGUGAACGGAACUGAAUUCACCAAGAAGACAACGGUGGAUCUCACAUCAGGGGGCAUCCCGGAUUCAGUAAGAGUAUACGCCAUACCUGAUAAUUACAUAUUAGUAACUUAUUUUCCAAAUCGACAAACUUAUGAGGUUCGUGGAUUGAUGUUGAACUGGAGUGGUCAAGUAAUUUUUUCCGAGAAUUUUAAUGUCAACAUCUUUGCACUGCACAGUAAUACGAGUUUUGGGGUCUCAUGCGAUGACAGUGAAAUAGUUCCAAAUCACAAUACCAUCGGUGGUGGAUUCUUGAGAGUUUGCUACGUGAGAGAUCAAUCAAUAAUCCAAUGGACGAAAUGGUCAUCCACCAAUGGGACAAUGAGUGUGAUUUCAAACGGCACAUUAACUACACAGAAUCGCUUCUCUAACUUUACCACCGACCUAACCAAAAUCUUCGCCACCGAGAAGGGUGAUUAUUGCAUAAUAACCUCCAACUACACUAGUGACCCUUCUACCUGGAAAAUCUUCACCUCAUUCAUCACACCCGCAAACAAUUACUCCUCGCCGUCCUCUGUCGUGGGUCCGUUGCAAAUCUACGAAACAGCCACCAACGAUACCUCCCUAAAUAUCCGCAGCUGCAGCAUACGAUACACAUCAUUUGGUUAUAAAUGUCUGGUGCAAAACGGUCAAAGAUUUGUUAUCAUAAAUUUCAUUUCUUCGGGUUCUGUAUUGGCCGUGCGUGAAAUCCAAAAUCCCCUACCGACCCCAAGUAAUAUCACAGCGACACUUCCCUUGUUCUACGGUGGAAUCCUCGUAAUUACUCAAAACUCGACCCAGAAUGCGGUGAACGGAUGGGUUUUUAGCGACACGAAUGUUUCCGCCAGCGCGCAAUUCCCAACCGCCUAUCGGUACUUACAGGUGGGCGUGUUUUUGAACAAUUCGGUGUGGAUGAUUGGUGUGGACGCGAACUUGAACGAAUGGAAGAUAGCGACAUUUUCGAAUUUCUCGGAAUACAGUAUAAUUGAUGGUGGUGCAAAGAACGUUCCUGGUGGUCCGGGGCCUUAUGGAACUGCAUAUAUCCAAUCCACAAGCCCCUUGAAAGACACUACCUCUCUGCUACGCACAGUCUCCGAACUAACCAUCAUCUGCACAGAACCGCCCCGGCUAUCUACCGGCAACAUAAGCAUCUGGCAGUCCAAUAGUAGCACUUCUAGUUAUGAUAUUUACGGACAAAAAUAUGAUAUUUUGAGGCAAACGACGUCCGGCUUAAAUUCGAAAUUUGUUCUGUUGGCGGAAGAUGGCAAAACAGUGAAGGUGAAA